UGCGCAUCACUACCUGUCAGCAAUGCUUGUCAGACUGGCAUUUGUGUGCGCAUAGUACCGGUUUUUCAUUUUGUAGUUUUUAAUAAGGUGUUUAUUUUUAAUAUAACAUAUUUGACUCGAAUGUGGCAUAAUUUAAGCGAUUUUUUCCCAUUAAAUACAUUUAUAAGUAUUCACUCGUAUUUGACAACUUGAAAAAAACAUAAAAAAGGAAAAUCAUGAGUUCAGGCAACAUUUGUUACAAAUGUAACCAACCAGGGCAUUUUGCUAGGGAAUGCUCGCAGCCAGGAGGCAGGGACUCCGGCCGGGGUUCUUUCAGCCGAAAUCGCGACAAAUGUCACAAAUGCAACAAAAUAGGCCAUUACGCGCGCGAUUGUAAGGAGGAAUCGGCCCGCUGCUAUCGCUGCUACGGCGAGGGUCACUUCGCGAAGGAUUGUUUGCAGAGUCCUGAUAUGCCGUCCUGCUACAAUUGUAGGAAGCCCGGUCAUAUUGCGCGUAGCUGUCCAGAAGCUGGUGGGGAUAGAUCCAGUGGAGAAACUUGCCACAAUUGUCAACGCCCGGGUCAUAUUUCCAGGAAUUGUCCAGAAGGCACCAAAACUUGCUAUUUGUGUCACAAGCCAGGGCAUCUGAAGAGAGAUUGCAGAGAAAAUGACUACAGAAAGUAGUAAUGUUUAUUUUUUUGUUGUAUCUAUUUUAUAUAUAUUUAAAACAUUUGAAAAUGUCUGUUUUCCUUCAAAACAUUGUUGAAACUAAUGUUUCUUAUUUACUUUUUUAUAUUAGUGGUAUUAGCUCAGUUCUCAUUUGUCCAAUUUCCAAAGUGAUAUUAAGAGGGAUGUACUUAUUUAUUAUUUAUGAAAUGUUCAAGUCCUAGGGAUAAAAGACAAAAAUAUUCUACGAAUUCGGUGGAAAUUAGACUUAUAAGAAUGUCAAGAGGCAAAUAUUGUACAUGCAGUCCAUUCUAAUUUAAAAAGUGUAGAUCUCUUUGGAAGAACACAUGUCAGAUUCGAGUUUAUUCUUAUUUCACAAUACAUGACGAUUGUAACUUAAAAAUGGGGAAAUAUAAUUUUUAUUAAUAAAAAGAGGUUGGUGAUUA